AUGAGAACAGAAUUUGUGGAAAAUUUGGGACAGGGAGCGUUUUCAAAAGUCCAAAAAGCUAAAUUGAAAGACGGUUUGGAGUACUUUGAUUUGGAGAAAUCAAGCAGAAGCGAAAUGACUGUUGCCAUCAAAAAAUUGCGUGGUAAGAGGGAACUUCUUGUGCACAUAAAAUGAUAUUAUAGCGCUCAUUUAUCAAUCGUCUCACGAGACUCGCCUUGUUAUCAACGACGACAUUUCGGUCGCUUACUGCUGGUCUUCAUAUCACAACAUUGUACUGUGUUAUUUGGGAGAUACCUUAGCUGACUUAUGUUUGGUUUCAAAGGUGACAGCAACGUCCCUUAAGAAAUGAAUUUACGCACUUUCAAACUUUAUCGCGUCUAUUUGAACCCGCCUACUGAUUUGUCAAAUGUUGGCGAAUUUUACUGGAGUUGAAUUCUUAAGAUUUUUUCCUGGUUCCAAAAGAGAAAGGAAAAUUCGUCGGCGUAUGUUGACGUCCUCCUUAAAACUUCGCAUUGGGAGGUUUCACGUGGAAUGAAUACUUUCCAGAGGUUAGGAUAAGGCACUUCUUCCGAGGAAGGCGGUAAAUUGUCUUAAGUGUCACGUAAUCAAAAUAACCCACCGAUAAUAUUAAUCAACGAUCUGCUUUCUGUUAAAGACGGUGCAAGCGAAGAGGAAAAAAGGCAAUUCCUGGAUGAAAUAGAACUCAUGAAAGAGGUGGGGAAACAUCAGAACGUGCUGAGUUUCCUUGGCUGUUGGACGACAACGAAACCAUUUCUUUUGAUCAUGGAGUAUGUUUCUCAUGGAGACUUGCUUCGUUGGCUUCGCCGAAAAAGAAGUCAGGUAUUUCAGAUGAAAAAUAAAAUAAAAUAAGCUAUUGACCAUUUUAACACCGAUUUUUUUACCAAACGCCCACAUUUUCCUGCUUGAAUUUUGGUUCGAUUUUCAGACGGAUUUUGUGAAUACAUGAGAAUGCCAUACGCAAAAGUCGAGCUUAUCAACUUCUAUACUUUCAGUCGACGCCAUGUUGAAUUUCAAGCUCGAGGAAAGGGUUCCAAAGGAAUUGUGGAUGAAAAUAUCGGCUAAUUUAACUGGUUAAUGUUUUACAUUUGGCGUAUUAAUCCGCGCGCAACAAAAAAUGUCAGUACACACGAGGGCGCGUUUUCAAGUUCGCUCAAUUUGCCCUGGGAGCUUGCUCCCAAAUAUUCAACUGGUUAAAUAUCGUGGAGAAUUUUGCGGGUUGGAAAUUCUGCUCCCGAGGAUGAAGUAUACCCAUGAAAUCGUUGGUACACCCGGUGGAGCUUUGCUCCCGGAGCGUUCCCCUAGAGCAUGCUCCGGGAGCAAAAUCCCUCGUGUGUAUCGGUCUUAAUGGAAAGAGAUGCUACAGCAGCUUUAAAUCGAGCCGGUACUCAGUACUUAUGUCGUGCUGCCACUUUCAUGAAUGUACAGUUAAAUCCCGCUUUACACACACCCGGUAAUACGGACACCUCAUUAUAACGGACAGCUUGCUUGGUACCUGGGAAAAGAAACUCCUUACAUCUUCUCUAAAUUCAACCCGCUUAACACGGACACUCCGUUAAUAUGGACACUUUCCAUGCUCCCUCAGUGUCCGUCAACGGGGUUUGACUGUAAGAUGCAGUAAUAACGUAUAAUGUUUAAGCAAUAUUUAUUAGAAAGAAUUUAAACUGAAAUUCAUUUGGAUAAAACGGACGGCAUAGGCAACUUAUUUAUUUUGUGGUUGCUGUCGUUAUUACCUUCACAGAUAAGCAGUUCGACCCUGAGAAACGCAGAGGCCAGUUUGAAGAACGAAGAACUGUAUGCCGGAACAAGGAAACAGAGUGUCACUGCUUAUCAGGUAUGGAGCUACUUGGGCAAACUAUCACAAUAAGAAAAACACCCUGUCCAAAUAACCACAACGAAAAAAUCUAUGGAUGCUGCUUCUCAAAGACACAAAAUUAUGCUUCACUGUAGGUUUACUUUGAGAUUGGUCUCUUCAUUCGUCAUGACAAGUUGUUUAUGUGACUACGGUAAAUAGCUAAAGCUCUACGAUCAUCGUCAAAAGUGAUAGGAAGGCUUCUACUUUCUACCCCCUGUCCCUCGCCCAAUGUUGAACAAAACGUAAGUGUUUAUGCGCUUAAUUGUUGUGUUAUAAACCCAACGUUGAAUAGGGGGAAAGGACGGGGGGGGACGGGGAAAAUUUGGCGGGAAGGAAAGCCAUCUUUCGUGAGGAUUAGAAUGAACUGCUUUAAAGCUGAACAACCUUCCCAACUGCUUUUAUCAGGGAUUGUAGAUUCGACAGAGCUACCACGCACGUUCGCAGGAAAGGAAGAAAAUACAAACAAUUUUCCCGCUCUAUUAGGUAUUCGCCGAGUCAUCUGGACUUUCUCGGGUGAGGGUCUGUUUCCUGUGGCUGUAUCUAUUUUCCUCAAAUCAAAUUACUUCUCUGCGUCAUUGUUGUAUUUCGCUACUUCUCCGGGCUAAGAUUUAUGGUGACUUACAGUUUUAAAUUUUAGCAGGGACCUUGAUCUUGCUCUUGAUCAUGACUUUAGUAUGUUGUGGCAUAGGAAAAGAAGACUGGAAGACAGUCAAGUUUUGUAAGCGGACAGGGUUUUCUAAGUCAGCUCUUUAUGAGUUAUACGAACAAAAAGUUGAUACUGAUGACGAUGAAGAAUGUACAAUACCCAUUAUUGUAUUUUCCACAUUAACUUAUGUAAAGGAUAAAUUUGCUUUUGGCUGAAAUAUGUCGCAAAAAUAGCACAGUGAGGAGUACAUCGGGGGAAAAGAUGGUAAAUAGCACAUUUGCAUACGAAUCUACACCGGGUGGUAUGUAAGGGACAAAUGUCGCAUUUGCCAUCUUUUCCUCAGAUUUACCCUUCCGUUUUCACAUUUUUGCGACAUAUUUUCCAGAAGCAAAUUUGUGCAAAUGUGUUUCUUUUCGUCCAGUUGGAUGAGUUGGCAGAAAACACUGGGGACGAGUGUGACUACGACUGCGAAUCGUUCAUUCCAUUUGAUCUCAUGUCAUUUGCCCGGCAGGUUGCCCGUGGAAUGGUAAGGAAUGUUCUGUCUUUGGUUCGGUAAAGGCAAGUCGAAACUGAAUGAGAAAGAGUUGCAAAGACCUCGGAAACUACUUUGAAAACCCGCUGAUAGCAAGUUCAUGAACAGAAAAAGUUGGUCUUAAAAACAAAGUUUCUCCUUGUGUCUCUAAACUCUCUUCUUGGUAUCUGGCACGUUUAAAAACUGUAUAUUAACAUUAUCCUGUUUAUAAAUUGUUUGAACAUGCAACUUACUAGAACAGUCUGAGUGUUUAUUCAAAAACAGUGAACCAGGUUCGUGUCAACACCAUUUUCGAUUUUAUAGAACAUUUUAACCCUAUUCAGACCGUUUUAAUUCUUUUGUUGUUUCCUGCUCGAAAAUCGCUCAUGGUACGGCCACCAAAAUUGCACAUAAUAACGUAUACAUCGCCUAAACGAUUGACAUAAUGACGUAAUCUCACGUCAUUGUAAUGUCAUAUUGUUGAAUUUAUUGGCGGAAUCCAAAUUUCAUCAAUUUUCUCCUCUUAAGGUAGACAUAAAGAAAAAAAUACUUAAAUAUGCGUCUGAUAAAAUCAAGAUAUCAACUAACACAUGAUCUUAUUAUGACGUUAUUUAUUAUUAAAGAAAGAACUUGAACCAUCUGCCAUCUUGGAACCCGCCAUUUUGAAUAAAUCAAAUGUAUAUCAAUUUACCUAAAACUAAUAUAAAUGAAAGUAAUUGUGAUAGACUGUAGAAUGCAAAACAUCUGCAAGUUAUGAAAUUCUUUAAGAGAAAUAAACACCAGUACUGCUGAAAAUUGAACUCAUCGUCUGCCAUUUGUUCAUUGUGAAUUUUUCUCAAAUUUGUAACUAAAAAGCCUAGACUACAUAAACAGUUUUAACCAAGUAAACUAGAAAAGAAAAACCUUUUUUCAUAGAAAUAAUGCAAAGUUUUAAAUACAAAGGCUGUCAAAAUUCGGAUGCCAUGGCGACGUCAAUGUUGACAUAUACAUCACGACGACUUGGAAAUGUUCCUAGAAAAGAUUUUGAACGGUUUUACCCUGUUUAUGUUUUUACCAAAGUAAAAAUGACAUGCUAACAAAUGUAGGUUGUUGACGCAAGAAGGAACUUCAUAGGAAACUGAAUUUAGGAAUCACUGGGAAGACCAUAGCCUACCCCUGGCUUCCCCACAAAAUAACACCUGAGAAACGAGUGCAGAAAUUCCCAGAUCUUGGUAAUGCCUCUGAUUGGUCGUACCGAGUGGGAAAUUUGCUUCAACCAAUCAGAUCUGGGAAGUGACGCGUCAUCAGUAUGGAAUUUCUGCGCUCGUUUCUCAGACGUUAUUUCGCGGGAAUGGUGGCUUAGCCAAUUUCUCGGGCCAGGAAGACCGUAUUAAGGCACGUCUUAAUCACUGUAUUCGAGGCAGUAAUGCCGCCUUUAAAUGGGCUUAAAGUCUGAAAAUGACGGCUUGAUAUUGUAUAGAAGAAUUUAAGUACUUUUGCUUUUAAGUGGUAGUGACAAAACAAACCUCAGAGGUUCUCGUUUGCAAGAAAUCCUUAGUCCCGAUAUCAUUAUCUUAAGAAACUUCAGCUGGCGGAUAAAGCCCAGUAAAUUAUACAUGGGCAUUUUAACUACGGUAGAUUAAACUGGCAUCGGAUUAUCCUUUAAAUUAAAUAUUUGCAAUUUUCAGAGCUACCUGGCAGAAAAAGGCCUUGUUCACAGAGAUCUAGCCGCGCGAAACAUCCUUGUGGCACACGGUAAAAAGCUUAAGAUUGCUGACUUUGGCUUGAUGCGGGAAUUACAUCGUGGGAUGUACGAAGUGAAAAGGCAAAAGAGACUGCCGAUCAAAUGGAUGGCCCCAGAAUCACUGUAUGAACAAAUUUUCAGUUGCAAGAGUGAUGUGUAAGUAAAAAGUAUAACAUAGUCUACACACUACAGAGCAGAGAUUAGAUCGGUAAGAUCAAGACCAACCCUAGUGAAAAACCAAACCUGCCGUUUUCAGUUCUUCCACUUUUUUCAUUGUUUUCACGCUUUUCUUUAUAUUUUGAAAGUAAACGGAUAAUUGAGUAUGGUACGAAAAAAGCCAAAAUACUGCACUGGUAUCAAGUGUGAAGCUGGCUUUCAACCUUAAGUAGGCAAGACCCCAUUUAGACGGGUCCGGACAAAUUUUUGAUCACACAGUUCUAUCUAGGAUUUUUACGUUUGGGGGAGAAGUCCCGAGUGGCCUAAGGCUACGAGCUCAGUCCUAGGGGGAUCUGGGGGCAUGCCCUCAGAAAUUGUUUCAGAUGAAUAUGCGCUGAGAUGCAAUCUGGUGCAUUUUGAGACACAAUUGUGUCCUUAGACAAGGAUUACUUACUUCAUUUGCACUGAUCUCGUCCCGUCUGGAUGAUUCUCCGAUAUAGUUACUUCUAUACUGUAAUAAUAACAAUAUUUUUGGGGGGAAGCUGGACAUUUUGGGGAGAAAGCUUCUACCCCUCAAAUACCCUAGAUAGAACCCUGGAACGGACAAACUCUUGUACGAGUCCGCCUCUCCUUUACACGGAACCUGCCAGGACCGGCGGAUACGCGCACGUUCUUGAACAGAAAAGAGUACUAAGAUUUGUGGUUUGUAUAAACGGGUUACACAGGUAAAAAUUCGCCCGUUCAAAACUUUGUCCGAAGCCCUGUAGUGAGAUAUGUCCAGAAAUGCACUCAUUGGCGAAAACGGCACAAAUAGCGAUUAAUCGCCAAAAUCGCCAAACUGUAAACAAAAAUUCAAAUGAGAUGGCAAAGGGGCCCUUUGGAGAGUGGCAAUUUUGGCGAGAAUGGCGUUUUGGCAAAAAUGGCAGAAAUGGUGGCAAUCGCCAAAAUCGCCAAACUGUAAACAAAAAUUCAAAUGAGUUAGCAAAGUGGCCCUUUGGAAAGUGGCGAUUUUGGCAAAAAUGGCAGAAAUGGCGAUUAAACGCCAAAAUCGCCAAAUUGUAAACAAAAAUUCAAAUGAGAUGGCAAAGGGGCCCUUCGGAAAGUGGCGAUUUUGGCGAAAAUGGCGUAUUUACAAAAGGGAGAGAGUGUUCGUUAAGCCAACCAAACCAAAUUUCAUGACCCACAGCUAGUCCACUAAUUACUCGAGGAGAGACCCACCAAGUCCUUGAAAUGAUACUGACUAAUUCCUUACCACGGACACUCUAACUUUUGAGGUUCGAUGUAGACCUAAACAAUCGACUGCUAAACGCGAGGAACCGUGCGUUUCGCAGCCGGUUUUGAUUUAAGCUGCCUCACAACUUAAUGGAACCGAUGUUAAGAGAAUUGACACCAAUGAGGAUUCAGGGGCACCCAACAGCAAUUUUCGGGAAAAUAUCUGUUCGGAAGACGAUUUGAGAACUAGAAUUUUCGGAACAUUUGUUGUAAAAUUUCUUGCUUGCCUGCCUCUCCUAGGAUUUUCGAACAUCUACAAAAUGGUAUAAUUACCAAUUUUAAACGGAUAUUUACCCUAAAAAAGGCCGCCUAGAAUUUUCGGGAACCUUUUCCUGGCUGAAAUUUUCGAAAAGGUGAGUUUUGAUCCCUAUAAUUUUCGGAUCACUAGACUUUCAGCUAGGAAAUCCGAACAGAUGAAAAGUUUUUAGGGGAUAAAAAUAUGCCUAUAUCUACCGUUUAAAUACUAAAAUACGUUCAACAAUGCUAUGUUAAGUGGUUUUGAACUAUAACCUCGUUGGGUGCCCCUGAGGAUUGUUUAGGUCUACAUCGAACCUCAAAAGUUAGAGUGUCCAUGGUAAGGAAUUAUUAUCAUUUCAAGGACUUGGUGAUUGUCUCCUCGAGUAAUUGGUGGAUUAGCUGUGGGUCAUGGAAUUUGGUUUGGUUGGCUUGAACGAAUACUCUCUCCCUUUUUUAAGGCUUUGAAAGGAAUAAACCAUAAAAAAGCAAAUGAUGCUAGUGUGAUAUUUCAGUGCAUCACAUUACUUUUGGUAAGUCAAGCGACAUCAGUUGUAUUUGAUAAAUGUUGCCUCACAGCUAUUGGGGCCUCUUAUUAGGCAUGUAAUUUGAACUUAUUUUUAGUAAUGUUGCCUCACAGUUAUAGGGACGUCUUUAGUUAUCUAAUUUGACGGGGCAACUUUUGACAUCCAAUUUGAAUAUUUGCCACAUUCUAGAUAUCGCCAACCCCUUGGUGAUUUUCGCCAAAAUCGGCAGUCUCCUAGGGGUCGGGACGUUUAUCGCCAUUAUCGCCAGCCCUCUGGCGAUUUUCGCCAAAACCACUAAUUUUGCCAAAAUUGCCAGUCUCCAAGGGGCCUCUUUUGACAUCCAAUUCAAAUCGCCAGAGGCUGGCAAUUUUUCGCCACUUUUGCCAUUUUCGCCAUUGCAUGCAUUUCUGGACAUAAGUGAAACAAACGGACAAAUAUACUAGACAAAUAAAACAAGAAUUUCCCUAACCAGACAGUGAUCAGUUAUGGAUUCACACCCCCCCGAUUUAUCCAACAGUAGUUUUCAGUGGUGCUCUGUAAAUUCAUUUUCUUUUCUGCAGAGGGUCUCGUGUCUUUUUGUUUUUCUUUGUCUCUAAGAUAGUCUAAAAUUGAAUAACUUUAUGAAGAGUUACAAAAUCCAUGCACACGGAUAAAUCACUAUCCACUGGAUAGCGCAAUUGGUUUCCCUAACACUUAUCCGUUGGAAAGUGAUUUAUCCGGUGGAUAGCGUUUAAUCCAACUUUUGAACAACUGGGGCCAGAUGUCAACGUGCAGGAUCUUGACAUCGAUGUUAGUGCACUCAUAUGUUUUGUGAUUCUUGCGUUAAGUUGCUGUUGUUGUUUUUUCUUUUCGUUGUGAUAAAAUAUAGUUUGAAAACAAAACUGAUGAAUUCGCUUUUAAAUGCUAAAUAUCAAAAACUUGAGAUAACCAUUAUAUUACUUUUUUUUUCACAGUUGGUCGUUUGGAGUUGUCAUGUGGGAAAUAGCAACCCUUGGUAAUGUUACAAAAUGACAGGUUCUUUUUAGCAAAUCGAUACACCCACUAAGGAAAAAAAGUCGAGAGAGGUUGGAGCCCCUUGAAUGUUUUGCUACGUUUACCAUGUUUUGCUACUGAUUAAGAGUUUAAAAAGUAGUCCAUCUUGGGUUCCUCAAGAUAUUAUAAAAAGCAUUGGCUAUAGAGAUCCUGGCAACUUGUACGUUAUUCAAAAUGACCACCAUCUUGCAUUGUACUGAUAACUUCGAUUUCUGCAAAUAGUUAAGAAACCAGAUUACAGUGUAGUAGGGGGCUCCUGAAUCCUGAGUGCAGUUUAGAAUCUAAACUACUCGAAUUCUCUUAUUAGUUUCGCUUGCGUUAGCAAGCCCUUUUUUCUUCGUAUUUAGUACACAAAAAGGCGUUUGUGUUCCCAGGUGUUCCUACUGCAGACCGUGGAAACUGGGACUAAGAAUCAUUGGUUGACCGAAGCCACGCAUGUUUUGCGACGAAAAGCUAAGAAAGAUUAAAUUUAGAGCUUUUCUAAAAGAGGACGGUCCAUGAAUUUGGAACUUUGGAACAAGUGAACACUACAGUGGCCGGAAAAAAAGAACAAUCUUUUUAAAAUUAGCAAAACCGGGAUGGUUGAGUGUUGUAAACUUUCAUUGUAUGCAAAUGGGUCUUGUGAUGAGCAUGCGGUUUAUUCAAUUUUCGGCGAUGAUUGAAAUGAUGUGCCAUGUAAAUCACUUUUGUGAUCUCUGGCGAUGAUGUAAUUUUUCUGGAAUGGAGGCUGUUGAAUUUUCGUUUAUUUAUACACGCGUAUAGCCUGCGACCGCAUACGUAUUUCCGGUCGUCACUAACACGCGUUCUUUAGCGAGUGAAUCCUGUUUCGUGAAGAAUUAAUCACCUCCUCAUUUCUCGAUCUCAUCUUCAAGCAAGCGAGACUUACGCCGGUGUAAGAGCGUUCUUUUUAAAAAAAUUGUCAUAGUCUAUAGAGUUUAUACUUUUCUCUUUUUUUCUCUUUUAACCUAAAUUAAACUGUAAUUUAAUCAAAGGGCAAGUAAUUAGUUUAACUAUAUCCUGCCCUCUCCAUUUAUUCUUGUAACCUGAUAUUUAAUUUUACAAAUAGCAUCUUCAUCUUCAAAUCUUGUAAUACAAUAUAAAUGGCUUGUAGAAUAAAUAAAUGGAGGAAAAAAACUGAAACUAAACUAAGGAAACAGUGUUUCUGGCACAUUUUCAUUACUCUUCUUUGUCUCGAAAAAACUUCUAGUCUUAAUCGGGUACAAAAUUAUGAAGAGUUCAUCAAUGCGUAAUGACUAUUCCGGGAAUAAUCAAUUUUUGGUCUAUACUUUAUAGGUGGUUCGCCGUAUCCGCUAUUAAAUAACAUCGAUGUCAUGAGACGUCUAAAGACAGAAUACCGCAUGGAAAAGCCCGACUUGUGUCCUGAUGACCUGUAAGUUUUUUUAAAAAAAUGUUGACUAGCGACGGAAAAAAGGAUUUUUUUCCCUUUAUCUUUCUUGUUGGUAGUUCACUGACAACUCCAUUAUAACAAAUAGAUUAUACGUAGACUGGACUAUAUAAUGAUUUAGUAAAAUCCAACUAAAGGUCUAUUAUCAAUGCUGCGUUCUGAUUGGUUGAGCUACUACUGGGCUAUAUGUUAUAGCCCACCAGUAGCGAAAAGCGUUGGCUUUGAAAACCAAAACAAUGGCGGCUGAAUUGCGUUUUGCUAGCUAAUUAUUUUUUAUUCUCGAUAUUUUUGACCAACUAGUUGGAUUUUGCUAAAAAAAUUAUUCCUCUUGCCUUCAUGGCCUCUGAGUCAAUAGCCCAUUUGGCCUUCGGCCUCAUAGGCUAUUGACUCAGAGCCUAUUCGGGCUCUAGGAAUAACUGUUAAAUAUUUUUUCGAGAUCGCAAAUGGAAGUCUCGUGACAAUGAAGUCGAUUGGGAGUACCUCCAGGCUGCAGUGCGCGCAGUGUGCGACGCUUCACAAAAAAAUUAUUCCAGCAACUCUUAGACAACUUAAAUUUCUCAGUAAUUAGGGUAUAACAUAAGCGUCGACUGAAGACUGGAUGUUUAAUACGUAAAAAAAGUUACUUCUUGGAUGUUUCCGAAAGGCUUUUUAACUCUCCGUAUUCACAAUUAUCCCCCACACAUGCUCCACGGUUGAACUUGCGUGAUUUGAAAAAAUGAAAAUAUACAUGCAGAAUAUAUAUAUGGGUUAAACGUAAAGCAUGAGCUCGUGGGUUGGUGUAUGCGUGCCCCUUGCUUUGAUUUACUGGUAAUUCGUGAUCCACCUUCCCCUCGCAUGUCGUGGUGGAACUGCUGUGCGGUUCCCAGCCAACAGCUCCCACUUGUGUCGUGUAGAGCUGGCGCUUGAUAGACUGCUUUGCACUCACCUCCUCAGUAAGGAGUUUUGAGACACAGGUUUUCCCCGUUCACUAACCCAACGGCUGUGCCACGCAGGUGGGACCCAAUACGGGCGAAAAAGCUGUCUGGGGUUGCCACUGCCCCUGAAAUCUUUGCUUGUUGGCACUUAGCGAUAGCUAUAACUAGCAAUAAUGAUAAUAAAAAAUGUAAUUGUCACCGUUCCUUUAUAAAACAAUGUCUCUCACAGUCCUUGGUCAAGCCUGUUGGGCUCUACUACUUGUCUGUCUCUCCGGGUCACAUAUGGGGUUCCACUGCUCUCUUUGGGAAGCUGGGAGUGCUGCUCUUGUGAUGGUGGAUCUGGCAGCACUGCAGGAGGUGCAGCUUGAUUAGACUCUUCCUUGGCAACCGUCAGGUUUGCUCUGUUCUCUAAUGACAGUUCAGGAUUUAUCUCUUGUUCCGGGGCGGGACAAACUCGUAGAUACUGUCUGUUACGGCGGUAGUUUCUUCCGUCUUCAGUUUGCACUACAUAAGAUCUUGGGGUGUGGUGUUGUCUUAAAACUGUUGCUGCUCUCCAUAGCUUGCUAUCCGUCUCAGGCUGCAUUCUCACGUUAGUACCCUGUUUAAGUUUCUGCAUACUCUUGCUGGCAUGGCGGUCAUCGUUCCUUUUCUUUUGUUCUUUAGUCUUCUUCAGGUGUUUGGAGAUUUCAUUCUGAUUGUUGCUGGUUGGAGUAAGCAAACUUUCCAUCAUAGGCAGCUCAUUUUUCAGUAGGCGUCCCAUAAGUAGUUGCGCUGGUGACAGCCCGAUGUCUGGCAAUGGUGAUGUUCGAUAAUCCAGCAGGGCUAGGUACUUUUCAUCAUUAUUUCGGUACAGGUUCCUUACUGUUUGAAUCGUUCUUUCAGCUUCGACAUUGGCUUCUGGAUAAUGCAGUAAGCUGGUUGUGCGCUUGAACCCCUAAUCCUUUACGAACUCUUUAAAUUCACUGCUAGUGAACUGGGGGCCAUCAUCUUAGACUACUUCAGGUGGGAUACCAUGGGCUCCAAACUGCCUCUUCAGCUCUUCUACCACAGCGCCACUUCUUAAGGAUUUCAGCUUAGUGACUUCCGGGAAAUUGUUACGGUAGCACCCAGAGAGUAAAUAAUGUUCUCCGCGAAAUUCAAACAAAUCUGUUUCGAUCUUCUUCCACGGAAGUGAUGGUGGAAUAGUAGGUUUCAGAGGCUCUCAGGGCUGCUUAUUAGCGUAGUGUUCGCACACACCAUAAUUGGUCACCAUCUGCUCAAUGUCCACUGACCGACAUUCCAGGCCAAAAUAGCAUAUCCCGGCCUCUCUGUCUGCACUUGACUUUCCUAGAUGCCUCUUGUGAAUCUGACGAAACAUUUCAGCUCUCAUGCUUUUUGGGACUAUCAGGCGAGUUUCUUUGAAGAGAAGUCCAUCUACUGCUGCAACUUUAUCUCGAAAUGACCAGUGGGGUCUUGCUUCGGUAGGAACUUGCUGCUUAGUAUCUGGUCACCUAUUCGUCACCAUGGUACGAACUGCCUGCAACUCAGCAUCCAGUUUGCUUUCUUUUUUGAAUUCUUCAUAUCGCUCCUCCGAGACAGAUAGGACCAGGUUUAUUUCUUGAAAGGCCUCCUAUCCUUCCUUCUCAGCACUUGGUACAGCUGCUCUGCUUAGGGUGUCUGCUACAAUUUGUUUAUUCCAAGGAAUGUAUCGGACUUCGACGUCAUAGCCACGCAGAUUGAGGAUCAUCUUCUGAAGUCUCAAUGGAAGUUGUGACAAGGGUUUUGUGCUUUUGCCUGCAAGGACUUGUGGUCUGUUUCAACAACUGUACUUCUGCUAUAUAUGUACUGGUGGAACUUGCGACAAGCAAGCACAACGGCUAGCAUCUCGGCUUCGAUGGAAAGCAUAACAUACAGGCUUACUGUCUUGCAAGAGCACAGCCCCGAGCCCCUUGACACUUGCAUCGCACUGAAUUACUACCGGUUUGGUUUGGUUUUACUGAAGCAUAGGUGCUUGCGAUACGAGUUGCUUAAUCUUCAUGAAGCUGUCUUUCUGCGGAAGGUCCCAAUGAAACAACACAUUUGACUUACCUAGUUCUUGCAGUGGAGCGACUUCACUUCACAGGCUUGGCAGGUACGGGAUCAAGAACUGCACAAAUCCAAGGACUCGUUUUGCAUCUCCUUUGCUCUCUGGUUUCGGCAUCUCUUGAAUUGCUUUUACCUCGUGGGGUCAAUCUUAAGGCCAUCAGCUGUCAGGAGAUGUCCCACGUAUAGAACUUGUGUCUGACGGAUCUUGCAUUUCUCUGUGCUAAGCUUUAAGCCUUGCUUUGAUGCUCUGUAGACCUUUGCUGACAUAACAUUGGGUUUCGCACCACUAUCCAGCUGAAAUCGUAUCUGAGAAUCUUUUAUUUCGGCGGUUACAUAGAACUCCUCAUCUUCCUUCACAUGCUUGAUUUCAAUGAGUAAACAAAGAGGGUAAUUCUUACUCACUUUCUUCUUCUUCUGGAUCAGAGUCCUCUACUUCUUCAAGAUUGUGGAAUUCUUUUGAUCUGCAGGACUUUGUAUCUUCUUACAGAGUCCGCACUUUUGUCCCAUUGCUGGUCAUUUUUUAUGGGUCUUAUCAUAACCACAUCUACCACAUUUAUCUUGCUAGUCUCAGGUUUCUUCUCUUUACUUUUAAUUCGUGGACGCAUUUGUUUUGCAUGUUUCUUCUUUUCUAUGGUAUUCACAGUUGGCUUCACCCUUCGAUAGUUUUUUCAGGCUGUUUAAAUUCAUUUCGUGGUUUCGACCAAUUUCAACCGCUUUUUCAAACGUCAAUUCUUUGGCCAAAUCGAGAUACUUUUCAGGAACUUUUGUGGACUUACGGCGGAAAAAGAUCGCAUCACGAACCAUACGCUCCUCUUCUUGAUAGUCACAAUCUUUGACGAAAAUGUUCAGAUCUUUCGCAAAGGAUUCAAAACUCUCGCUCUCUCCUUGGUGUCUUUCAUUGAAUUCCAAGGCAACCAUAAUGUGCUUUUUUUCUAAGCGCGCAGUACUCUUCAAACUUCUGCAGCACUACCUUCAGUUUCAAAUCGUCUUCGGGCUUUGCGAAUGCGAAUCCUUCGAAUAAAUCUAAUCCUUUGUCACCUACCCACAACCUUAAGUAGCUUACUUUCACGCCGUCUUCUUUGUCGUGCAGCGGACCAUCGAAGAUACAAGAGGCUUGUUGGCAAAAACGAGCCAUUGUUGGUGUAAGUCUUGUCAUCUCCGGACUCUUGUAUUUCGCUAUUGUCGUCGAAUUUCCACGCACUACACACGAAAACAUAAUUGAUGGGAAUACCCCGUCCUUUUUCGGGGAAAUGUCAGCUCGAUGGCUGAAUUGGGCGAGGAUUUUCUAGUUCUCUCUGACAGCAUGUAAGAUAAUAAACUAGUCAAGAUGGCCGACAGUGAAAGCAUGUGUAUUCCCAAAGUCAGUCACGUGACAUAUAACAAAUGACUUGCUUGGGAGGGGAAAGUCUUUCACGCAAUACAUUUAUAAUAUCAUAUAAUCCAUGUAAUAUAACAGAUUUCGAUUAAGUUCAAUCUGUUUAGGUAUCCGUCUUUAAAACGGUUAAAAAAUGUUAGGCGUGUAAGCAAAAAUUACCUGUCAGAUAGAAAGGACACCUAAAGUUGUUUUUCUUUAAUGAUCUUGUUUAAACGCCGACCACUUACUUAGUGGUGGUCCAGUUCAACGAUGCUGAAGGAAGAGUUGUAUAGAUAAGUAGCUGCUCCGAUAGCUGUAUAGCUAUUUAAAGUCUUUUACCUUAUUAUAAUUUAGAUAUGGAUCGAUUUGUCUUUUAAUUUGCCGGGAAAUGAGAUUAUUUUAUACGUAAUUAUGACGAACUAAAAAGCUAAUGAGGAAUAUCUGAGGCUUUAUAAUACAGCUAAGCUUCCCCAACUAAUGAUAAUUUGUAAUUUAACGUAUAAACUUAAAAAAACGUUUAUGAUGUGAAAGCCUCAUGGAUUCUUUACGGAUAUCAAAAGACAGCAUCGACGAUUAAAACUAGACUGAUUUUGUCCCUAUACUUUCUAGUUAUUCCUUGAUGAAAGACUGCUGGAAACAGAACCCUUAUGAGCGACCGAGUUUUCCAGAAUUGGUGGAAAGAUUAGAACAACUGAUGCUUCAGGAGGUGGAAUAUUUAGAUUUUAACUUGUUGGACGAGACUAAAGAUUACUAUCAGGUGACAGAGUCAAGUACGGGAGAAAUUGACGACGAGGAGAUGUCUAUUGCAUAGUACUCCCCCAAACAUGAAUACAUGAAAUAGAUCAGCU